UUGACAUAGGUGUGUGUAAUUAAUUAAUUUCCAAUCAUUUGCUGCAUGUCCUACAGAAUGAGCUCAAAUGUGAGCUCACUGAAUCAUGCCGCGUAUUCUUCCUUGGAAGCGUCGUGAACAUCAAGUAUUUGCCCCUCGGGACUCGCCGCGUUCAAGUUCAAGCCCGGUACCGCGUGUUAAACAGGAAGAUGCUGCGCACGACCGAGAUAGCGAGCACUCGCCAUCACCUUCCAACAUUGCUGUUACGACGAAAAAGACCCCGAAACGACCAUAUCGAUCUACAUCAACAUCUCCACCACUAGAACCACCGCAGGAGACCUUCAUGAUCGAAGGUACUGAUGGUGAUGAUCGCUAUCGAAUGGUUGAGGACGAGUUCUUGGCUACGGCUCAUCAAUUUACAGCUCAUUUACAUGCCGCGGAGUACAAGCGCCUCAAGGCAAACUCCGAGCUUGAGAAUGCCCAGACAAUUAAGAAUAUCUCCCGGCCAGUAGUCGGCCAAAUGACCGAUAUGGUGAAGAUGAAGCAAGAAAGGAAAACUCUUGCUGAAAAACAGCGAAUUGCGGCUCGCAAGCUUCGCAAAGGGGAAGGAAGCGGCGACGAAAGCACAGAAGACGAUGAUAAAAAUGAUUCAUGGCAGAAACAGUCUCUAUACGGAUUAAUGGAGAGCCCGGGGAAACGGGCCAAGGGCUUGAAUGGAUUACCAUCAGCGACUUUGGUGACUCGCGCGGCGGCUGGAUUUAACAAGCAGUCUACUGUCGUUUCCCCGACUCAGCCAAAGUCGAAGCCUAUGGACAUUUCUAGCCCUACUCGCCAUCAUAAGAAUAGCAGCGAUAAUGGCUUGGAGAGCUCAAGUAGCUAUCGCAUUGCACAUCGAUCUCCACGCCCAGUACCCACGACGUCCAGAAUGGUCGCGCCGCGGAGACCAGAGGCCAAGAAGUUUCAGGCCGGUAGCUCUUAUAAAACCACUGAAGAUACUCGAAGCGGGAAAACAAAAGCAGCAGAGACUACAGUCAUCUCAGAAGACGAAGACCUGGACAUAAUGACUCGCCUUAAAAAGCGACAAGAAGAACGCAAACGAAACCGUCAGCAGCGAAGAUCAACACACAACGAGGUUAAGUCCAAUUUGGACGAUAUUAUACCCGGCUUUCUAUGAAUUAGUUUACAAAUGGAGUCUCGUACGGACGCUCGGCCUGAGGUGUGAUACGCGCCAGAUGUCGGCGCUGUCCAUUGUUCCAGUCCAGCAGCGCCGAGUGCUGAGUGACACGGUUGUCCCACACGACUACGGUUCCCUCCUCCCACUUCACUCUCGUGUGGAAAUC